AUGGCCCUAAUUGCGACUAAACUGCAUUCUCAAGAGCAAAAUGCAUCAGAAAUUACGGAAACGAGGAUUAAAAAAUCUUCGUCCUUUAAGCUCGCCUUCGUGGGAAUUGCGGCGAGUCUUUUCGUUUUCCAGCUGGACGCAACCUGUUUGGGAAUAGCUCUCCCUACCAUAGCCGGUGACCUAAAUGGCACGAGCUUGGAGUCAUUUUGGGCAAGUCUAGCUUAUACUCUAUGUGGGCUGACCAUGCAAUCGAUUUGGGUCAGCAUCUCUGACGCAUUCGGCCGGAAGCCGCCUCUCUACGUAUCAUUAGGCUUGUUCUUCAUUGGAUCGGUCGUAUUUGCCGUAGCGAAGAAUAUGGGCACCAUCAUUGCAGGGCGGGUCCUCCAAGGUCUUGGAGGCGGGGGAAUUGAUGUUCUGGCGCAAGUUAUACUUGCAGACAUGACAACGUUAGAAGAACGAUCAAAAUAUAUUGGCUUGAUGGCUAUUCCCACGGCUAUUGGCAACAUCAUGGGACCUAUAGUGGGUGCUCUUUUCUCAACGUUUGUCUCUUGGAGAUGGAUUGCAUGGAUCAACUUGCCAAUCAUAGCAACGGGGACGCUACUUGUGUUCUUUUUCCUCAAACUUAGGUCUAUCCCUCUCGAAGCCACGCUCGCCAAGAACUUGAAUCGACUUGAUUGGAUUGGCAUGGCCCUCAUCGUUGCCGGAGUCACGCUGUUUGUUGUGCCCCUCAGCUGGGCGGGUUCACUAUUCCCGUGGGCCUCCUGGCAGACGCUCUUCCCUUUGCUCUUGGGAGCUACUCUGCUUGUAGUGUUUGUCAUUUAUGAGACCAAGCCUGCAGCACCUAUCAUGCCCCACCGCUUAUUUCACACAAGAACUGGAAACGCAGCACUAAUGGGAGGCUUCAUUCACGGCAUGAUUCUGGUGUCUCUGUUGCAGUACAUGCCUCUACUUUUACAAGCCGUUGAACUGGAGAGCGCAAUCUCCUCAGCCGUUUCUCUGCUUCCCACAGUCAUCGUUAGCGUUUUCAUCGCGGCUGUCUCGAUGAUGAUGGUCCCUUUCUUUGGUGGAUAUGUCUGGCUUUUACGGCUGUCGUGGGUCAUACUUACACUGGGAACCGGAUUGUUAGCUCUCUUUAAAUUGAGAUCUCCGCUAUCAAUGCGUUACGGGUUACCAAUCCUUUGGGGCACAGGUGUCUCAUUAUUGCGCCUCAAUCUCCUCCCUGUUCAAGCGAGCGUCAAGAAUGUCAACGACACAGGCCUAGCUAUUGGGCAGCUUCUCACUAUUCGCAUGUUCGGGGGCCUUGUAGGUCUUACUAUAUCUUCAGCAAUAUUUAACAAUGUGUUCUCAGAAUCCAUCUCAAGUACUGCGGUCCAGCUGACGGGGGCUUUAGCGCCCCUGAAAGACGCCUCAAAUGCGGUGAGUUUCAUUGAAACACUCAGAUCGCUAGAUAUCUCUUCUACAGCACUAGAUGAAAUCCUCAGUAUUUACUUGAAAUGUUUUCGGACAAUCUUUUAUACAAUGACCGGCUUCGGUGGACUGGGCUUGUUGACUUCGAUGCUCUUGAGAGAAAUUGACCUCAAAGGGCACGGUCUCGGGAAUCAGCGGUUUGAAGAGUAA